GAACCGCUACCCCUAAAUCACAAGCCAAGAAAAAAAAACUAAUAACAAGAACUUGUUUGAAGAAAAAGAAAAAACACACACACACACACACACACAAACACAAAGACAUGUGCAGCCAUUAUUGUCUAGGACAACAACCCUCAAGAAGCGAACCACUCCGGUUCUCCUUCGCCCAUUCGACCCGACCCGAAUACCCACCCAAUAAUUCCAUCUCCUUCCGGACCCUACCCAGACCCGGACACGUCAUCCGGUGCUCCUCGUCCCUAAACGACACCGUUUCGGAGCGUUCGGCGAUGAGCCUGUACGAGCUGCUGGGCAUACCGGAGACGGGUAGUUUAGUGGAUAUAAAACAGGCGUACAAGCAGCUAGCGAGGAAGUACCACCCGGACGUAUCCCCACCGGGUCGGGUCGAGGAGUACACCCAGCGAUUCAUCCGGGUUCAGGAGGCCUACGAGACCCUUUCGGAUCCUUCCACCAGGGAAUUGUACGAUCGCGAUAUGGCCAACGGCGUUCACCUCGCUUUCAAUGCCCGUCGCCGCAGUAAAUUCGACGAGAAAAUGGAAGAGAAAAGCGAGUGGAAGAGCCGUUGGCAGUCUCAGCUAUCGGGGCUGAAGAGAAGAAGUGUGCAAAAGGAUGUAAACGAUAAUAUGUCAUGGGGAGCAAGGUUACGUAGAGAGAGAAACGAGUCAUCAUCGUGAACUUUUGCUUGCCCCUUUUGUUAAAAUUGUAUGUAUAGUCUAUACUGUUAGAUACACGAGAAGUGCUUCUAAGAAAUGCAUACUAACUACGUGUUAGUUUUGCGUACGGAACGGAGAGCACGAUGUAAUUAUAUACGUAUUUUCAAUGUAGCUAGUAUAAUUAAAGAUGGGGGUGGAUUUGUAUAUAACCACUUAAUGUGAUAUUUUCUGCAAUGAUGUUUGUUCUAGUCAAAUGUUUGAAUCAUAGUUGGUUCAAGUUCAACCAUCUAUUAUAGGAAAUUCUUACGAAGGAUAUUCCUCUUGUAAAAUUAUAAG